GUCACCAUCUGAAUUAUCCAAAUUGCUAUUUGCUUUGCCUAACUCUCCUCUGCAGUAUCCCACCCAGGGUUUUACGGUACGACCUUUGACCCCCACUCUCAUACCAGGUUUAGCGCUGCAUGCGGAACACAGAAGCAGCUACAAGGUGUCCUUGCAUGUAUCCAAAGGAAUCCUGACCACAGAGAUUCCAUCUGAAGGGGUGAAGAUCCAAGGUCAUGGUGAGACAAAAUUGAUUAUAGAGUCUAGUAGCCUGGUGAUCCUCAACGACCUGCUGGCUAAAGUGUCCUAUACCAGCACUGUCUACCAUAUACACACUGGAGAUCUCGCCUCCUUCCAGUUUGACAAGCAUGAAGCUGUGUUUCCCAUUACCAUCAAACAGCCUCAGGUGCCAGUCCUAUACGACAUGGGAACAGAUAUCAGCUCUCAAGUCACCAUCACUACAAAGACAUUCCUGCGCUACAGACAACUCAAGGUGUUGUUGAAAAGCAUCCGGAGUUUCUAUAGCAACAUAGAAGUCAUCAUUGCAGAUGACACCAUAGUGCUCAAAACAAGGAUGAGGCUCGCUAUGUCAGUUUCAGACACCCUCAGAAGAGUGACGAGGACUUCAAACUGCAGCUUCACUUCUUCAAAAACCACUUAAAGUGUGUCCGAUAUGCAUAGAAGACAACUAGAGGACACUGAGUUACAGACUUCUAUUUGUGUGUUGCUGUAUAAAUAUGUACACCUAAGUCAAGACUUGCCCAGAGCCUUCCAGAAUCUCUUUAAAGUUUUUCUCAGACAUUGACUCAUAUUCUACAAGACACUAAGGACUUUUAUCUUCUCUAUUCUUGGUCUUCCCUUAAUCAAUAUUCACUCAAAUACAGAGUACCAUCUCUUUGGAACAAUCUACUUCCAUCACAGUCAAUAUCUACCUUUCUACCUUAUCUUGAUUUAAAAAACACAUAUAUAUAUAUAUAUAUAAUGUGCAAAUGGAAAAAAUAAUAUACAGAAUCAAACCUCAUAUAGUCAGACAGUAAGGGCUGCUAGUUAGUAUAAACAUUUCUAAUCCGUUAUUAUAACUAGUUUAACAAAUGAGCCAUGGUGAAGGGAUACUUCACAUAUGUUGUGAUAGGACUUUGCAUUUUAAUUGCAUUGUAUGCAUUAGGCCUGUUUCUUUGCGAGAACCUGGCGAUUUUUUGUGUUGAUCACAGUCCCUGUAACAUCCAACAUCUUAGGUCUCAGUUUACGUCUACAACACUGCUAUCAAGCCAUUGGGGAUUUAAACACAAAAAUCGAUAGUGAUUUCAAGAAAAUAUACAAUAUCACAAAACGAAAUGUUGCAAUAUGAUAUUUUUCAAUCUUUUCUUACACCCCUAAUAUGCAUACCCCGUGGUCUUUAUUGAUCCGACGAUCUGGUGUUAAAAAUGUCAAGAUACUGUCCACUGUGCUUUAUUUUAAACGUGUAACUGGAUGGAGCCACCAUUGUUGUUUCACAAACAGUCUUCUUACUGCUUCACACCUAGCAUGAUCUGACUACAGACCGAAGCCUGGCAAGAUGGAUUCUGGCUUGAUCGUGUGAUUCCGUGAUCUUGUGAGUCCACUUAUCUUGCUAGGUUAUCACACACAGGUUAAGAUGAAAGUUUAGUUGAGUCAAAGGCAAAGGUCAGGUUGUAGACAGUCUGAUAGACUUAAGCGUGACAGAUUUAAUUUAUAUAGCUUAAUCUGCGUUAUAUAACUACUGAGUCACAAAUAUUUAUUUAUUUCAUCCGUCCAUUUUACAUUAUAGUUUUUCAUUCUUUGAUUAAUUCUAUUGAUGAAAAAUUUUAUACAUUUCAUAAUUGUUCACCAUCAUGGACCCAUCACAUCGUGGAACCAGUUAACAACUUUGAUCAAUUAAGUUUUAAAAUAUUUCUUUGAAAAACUGUAAAAAUUAUAAAUAAUCCCACUGUUAGCUAAACUAAAAUGGAUUGUAACUGGAUGUGUUGUAAUAUUGAAUGUGCCUUUGUAUGGUCUUACUUACAUAGACUUACAAGUGUGCCAUGUACGUUUUGUUGUGUGUGGACCCCAGGAAGAGGGCUAGCAAACUGCAGCUAAUGGGGAUCCAAGAAUAAAGAAUGGUUCUCA